ACAAUGCCACAGAGAGAUCCACUCCCUCUUGGCCUUCUCUCUGUGGAUCCAUAUUGUGCUGCAACCUUUUCUUAAGCUGAAUGGUUUUAGAAAAUCCAAUAAAAACUAGCAAGAUCAGAAAAUCUGAAGCAUAGUCGUCCGGAAAAACAGAUGGCUGAGCCUCACCUGUGAAGAAAUUUGGUCUUGUGUGUAGUAUAUGUGUAUAUAUAUAUAUAUAUAUUUGCUUUGUUUUGGCUUUUGGCUUUUGUCUUUUUACUUUUUUAUAUUUAAAAUCCAGGGGCAUGGAUAGAAAAUUUUCCAUGUAUCUCGUCUAGGCAAGUGCAUGAUUGACUCACCAGGAGAAUUACAUUUACCUUCCCUGCCUUUUGAAUUUUAACUAGUUUUGGUUUAUUUUCUUCACGAUGGCAAUGAUACAUUCGUUUCUUUAUAGACCCCUUACCCGGUGGCAGGCACGCUAGUUCACUUUUCAGCUGCACAAGACAUGAGUGUUUUUCUUGGGUCUGACAGAAGAUUUUUAGUGGAAUGGAUUUCUGGGUUGGAAGGCUCUGAUCAGGAGAUUACAUUAAACAGAAGAAACCCUUGUGAAGCAUGAUCUUGAAACUGGUUAUCUCAAUCUCAAUUAACUGGUUCUAGGAACCGGAUUGCCUUUGUUUUGUCUGUGAAUCAUAUUUCAGUUCAAAUGGGUUGGAGAAGCAGAGAGGCUGCCUUGCGAGUUCUGGUGUUUUUCUGGUUUUGGACUUCUGCAAACAGUUUGCUUUCUCCCAAAGGCGUGAACUUUGAAGUGCAAGCCUUAAUGGGUAUAAAAGCUUCCCUGGUGGAUCCUCAUGGGGUUCUUGAUAAUUGGGAUGGGGAUUCUGUUGAUCCAUGUAGCUGGACUAUGGUCACUUGCUCUGCUGAGAGUCUGGUCGUUGGCCUGGGGAUUCCUAGCCAAAAUUUGUCUGGCACUCUUUCUCCAAGUAUAGGCAACCUAACAAAUCUCCAGAUUGUGCUCCUACAAAACAAUAACAUUAAAGGUCCAAUCCCACCAGAGAUUGGAAGGCUCUCAAAGCUUCAAACUCUUGAUCUUUCUAACAAUUUAAUGAGCGGCAAGGUUCCCUCUUCGCUAGGUCACUUGAACAAUCUUCAGUACAUGAGGCUCAACAAUAACAGUCUCUCAGGAGGGAUUCCAGUGUCACUGGCCAACAUGUCCCAGCUUGUAUUUCUGGACUUAUCUUACAACAAUUUGAGCGGUCCUGUACCCAGAUUUCCUGCUAAAACAUUCAGCAUUGUCGGUAACCCUCUGAUCUGUGCAACCGGGUCCGAGAAAGAUUGUUAUGGAACCGCAUUGAUGCCAAUGUCCAUGCCAUUGAAUGGUUCAGAAGGUGCAAUGCCUGUGGGCAGACCAAGAAAUCACAAAGUUGCGCUUGCCUUGGGCCUGACCCUUGGUUUCAUCUGUUUGCUCAUCCUUGGAAUUGGGGUUCUGUUACAGUGGAGGCAAAAACGAAACCAGCCAAUCUUCUUUGAUGUCAAUGAUCGGAAUCACGAGGAAGUAUCCCUUGGAAACUUGAGAAGGUUCCAGUUCAGAGAGCUUCAAGCUGCAACUGACAAUUUCAGCAGCAAGAACAUACUAGGGAAAGGUGGUUUUGGAAAUGUUUACAAAGGCUUUCUCCGAGACGGGACUCCUGUGGCUGUGAAGCGGCUCAAAGAUGGCAGUGCCACCGGAGGAGAAAGGCAGUUCCAGACAGAAGUCGAGAUGAUCAGCCUGGCAGUCCAUCGGAAUCUCCUUAGGCUAUAUGGGUUUUGUAUGACAGCAACGGAACGGCUCUUAGUUUACCCUUUCAUGUCCAAUGGCAGUGUUGCUUCUCGUCUAAAAGCAAAGCCAAUCUUGGAUUGGGGCACUAGGAAGAGGAUAUCAUUAGGAGCUGGAAGGGGCUUAUUAUACCUCCAUGAGCAGUGUGAUCCCAAGAUAAUUCACAGGGAUGUAAAAGCUGCAAACAUAUUGCUAGAUGAGUAUUGUGAGGCAGUCGUAGGAGAUUUUGGAUUGGCAAAACUUUUGGAUCACCAGGAUUCGCAUGUGACAACAGCUGUCAGGGGCACGGUGGGCCACAUAGCACCAGAGUAUCUCUCUACCGGCCAGUCUUCCGAGAAGACAGACGUCUUCGGAUUUGGGAUUCUCCUCAUUGAAUUGAUCACAGGACAGAGAGCCUUAGAGUUUGGCAAAGCUGCUAACCAGAAAGGAGCAAUGCUUGAUUGGGUGAGGAAGAUCCAUCAAGAAAAGAAGCUUGAUUUGCUUGUUGACAAGGACUUGAAGAAUGACUAUGACCGGAUCGAGCUGGAGGAAAUGGUGCAAGUGGCUCUCUUGUGCACCCAAUACCUUCCAGGACACAGGCCUAAGAUGUCUGAAGUGGUUAGAAUGCUUGAAGGAGAUGGGCUGGCAGAGAGAUGGGAAGCUUCUCAGAAAGUUGAAGCAACUAAAUGCAAACCCUAUUCGCUCUCCUCAUCGGAGCGAUACUCAGAUCUCACUGACGACUCCUCGUUGCUUGUGCAGGCCAUAGAACUCUCUGGCCCCAGGUGAUCAAUCGCUGCUUAUGUUCUUCUGAAAGUUUAGUACAAAAUCCCGAAAUUUUGAAAGUUGAAGUUAAAAAGUUCCAUUUAUCUGCAGUAGUAAGUCCAAAGCCAAAAUUGAGAUUAUAUUGUUGUAUAGUAGCAGCAUAUCAUAGGCCCAAAGGGCUUUGCCUUUGCUAUUGUUUCCUUACUGUACAGACCUUGAUUUGGGGAACUGAUAUGGAUUAGAUUGAGAGUUUCUUAUGUUC